AUGGCUACCAAACGGCCGAAUCUGAAGGAAGACCCUCCAUCUCCUGCUUCUUCUGAGGAAGAUGAUGAUACUUCCUCCACCAAUGACGAAGAACUGCCGCCUCAGCACGUUUCCGACACGGAUUCCGACUCUGAUCUGCCACCGAAGAGCUCUGGCGUUCUGCUCAUCGCUUCCAAGCCCCAGCCUAAAGCUCAAGUGCAUUCGGUUCCUGCCUCUUCCUCAAAAUCUACGCCGACGACAAAAAGGGCGAGUGAAACUGAAAGGGAAGCAAAGGACGCCAAGAGGCAGAAAGAGGUGGCGGAAAUCGACAUGGACGGCGAUGGUAAGAAGGAAAAUAUGCCAAGAGUGCUCUUCCAGUGGUUAUGGGGUGAGAACAACGAUAUCGCGGUGUUGAAUGGGCUGAUCGAGUUCGCCGAGAGGAAAGGAUUUGAUCCCUUGAAGGACAUGGUGGCUUUGUAUGACUUCAUCAAGAAGUCUGUGGCUGUGGAUGUGUCGUUGUCUAACAAAUUACAAAUUGGUCUCUUUAAUAUUUUACAUUUUGAUCCCCAAAUUUAA